UCAUCAACGUCUAUUCAUUUUGGCAUUCAAAAGAAACCAUCAAUUACUUUUUUAUAACCCAAAGAGGAGGAAAAUGAGCGCUUUUGUUCAAGCUUUGAUUUUGAUGGUAUUGUCAGCAACACUAUUAUGCUUCGCGCAUAGCGCUCCUCAGGUACCUUGUUAUUUCAUAUUUGGUGACUCAUCAAUGGAUAAUGGAAAUAACAACCACCUGGUUACGACGGCAAAAGCCAAUUACCCACCAUAUGGAAUUGACUUUCCCGAUGGUACUACCGGGAGAUUUUCAAAUGGUCGAAAUACUGCGGACGUUGUAGCUCAACUACUAGGUUUUGAAAACUUCAUUCCACCUUUUGCAACCGCAAGACAUGAAGAAAUCGUUCGAGGAGUAAAUUAUGCAUCAGGUGCUGCUGGAAUUCGUGAUGAAACCGCUGAACACAUGGGUGGUAGGAUAUGCAUGAAUCGGCAACUAACAAAUCAUGCAAUCACAAUUUUGCGACUAGUGAACUUGAUUGGUAAUGGGAGUUUAGCCAAAGCUCGACAACACCUCAACAAAUGCAUAUACACCGUUGCAAUGGGGAAUAACGACUACAUUAACAAUUACUUUUAUCCAAAAUACUAUCAAACAAGCAUCUUAUACACGCCAGAUCAGUAUGCCAAAAUCCUCAUUAAACAAUAUUCAAAACAACUAUCUAAACUGUACAAAUAUGGAGCAAGAAAGUUUGGGAUAGCUGGAGCUGGAUACAUAGGUUGUACACCAGCAAUGAUGAACAGGUUUAACACAAAUAAAUGUGUGGAUGCUGUAAAUGGAGCUAUUAUACAAUUCAACACCAGGCUUGUUACUGCUAUUGGUGAGCUCGAGAGCAAACUCUCUGAUUCAAAGUUCAUCUUCAUUGACCCUCCUCGCGGAUAUUCCAGUGGUUCGCAUGCAGUGACUCCAAGGCAUGAAGCAAAGUUUUAUGUUUGCAGUGGGGGAUUAAUCGUCCAAAAAAAGCAGCCCAAAAUUAAUCUAGGAUGGAGGAACGAGGGCGGAAGCAGGGGUAAUAAAGGGGAUUUGGGAGCGGGAAUAGGAAUGUUGAUCAUUUCAGGGGCUAGGGUGGGGAUGGGGAAAGGGAAAGUCGGGGGAUGCACUUCUCGUCCCGUUUGCCCCCGUUGA